AUGCGCGGAGCACAAGGGGCUGGAGCUGCUGCCUUGCAUUCCGCAGGUGAUGGCGGGGAGAAGGACGUUGCUUCCACGGCACGCUACAUUCCCAUGCCAGAGUCUCUCUGGGCGCUGCGUCACCGCUUCCCAAAUGUCACUCGCUCUGUCCUUCUGCAGUGCGUGCGGUGUCAUCGUUGGGUGGCGCAGCCCGUCACAAAACAUCCCCCGGACGAGGUGGCAACUUAUCCGACGCUGUUAGGGAAAGCGGCGUCCAAGACCAAAGGUGAUCGUCAUCAAAAGUCGCGGACAGAGAAGGAAGAGCCAAAGGAGGAGUGGCGAUCCCCGCGGCUUCGCCAACACUAUCAAAAGGUGGUGGAAGCCGUUAAGCCACAAAAACCACGAAUUCAGGAGGAGCCAAAGGAGAGGAUCUCACUUUAUAUACCGAACCCCGCAAAUUUCACGUGUCAGUGGAGUUACUGCGCCCUCGAGGACGUUUGGGCGGAUUUGCGGGGCAAUUGGCUGGGGGAUUUGUACGCCACUUUGGAUGGGGCCAUGGGGAAUGAAGAAGGCGGCAAUAGCAGCAGCAAAAGUACACGUCUGAGACGCUCUCCGCAAUCCCAAAAUGAGCGAAUAAACGAGGAGUUGACAAGGGAACUCCAUGGAAAACGUAGCGAGCGUCUGGCGAAGAAGCCCUAUAAUGGAAUGGAUGUCAAGCAAGAGAACAGUGAAUCCAAUGGAUCUGCAGUCGAACCGCCACCCCGUGGGCGGAUGGCGCAGCAAGUGGACAAACUUAUACAUCAUGAUGAGGCUGUGGUUGCAUCAUUCUGUUGGGUUAGUUGUGACAGUUGUGGGAAGCUUCGACAUGUAGAUCAACCCUUUCCGGGUGGUGCGCCUUUUGUUUGUGCACUGGCGUUGAAUAUUGGUUCAUGCAGUGUCCCAGAGCAGGAAGGGUUGGGUCCCGUUUUUUCCAGUGAAACGGAUCAUCUUUCUGCAGGUGAUAAAUCCGUCGCCAUAACGGGUGAUGCAGCUCUCCGUGUUGCCAUUGAAGCACAGGCUUUUGCUGCCACCCCUACCGCGGCGGUUGCAUCCACUGGGAAUGAGGCCACAAAGCUGACUGCUAGGAGCGAGCGUCGGGGGUUUCGACGCUCUGCGGGAGGGCUGCCCUCGGCAUGCAAAAGCCGUGCUUCAGUCGAGUUAUCCCUUCCCCUUCUUCGUGAACUGACAUCUGCGCUGCGUAAGAGGGCACUCGGCACAUUUGUAAAAAAUAUCAUGAUGAUCCCGGAGGAGGUGCGAGCAAAGCGGGAGGAUGUUGCACGGGCCUCACUUGUGGUUUCCGAAGAUACGAGGCACAUGGAUUCUGUUUCACCUAAACGCGAGUGUGGUGAGAGUGAUGGAAAGGACGCACAAAACAGCAAUUCACAGCGGGAGGAAAGAGACAAUCCAAAUCAGGAGCAGGAGGAAGAGGAGAAAAGGAGUGGCGCCACGGGGGAGGAAAAAGACACCAAUGGGGCUUCUGAUGGAACAAUCACUUGCGUGGCCGAGACGCAUCGCGGGGAAGAAGCCCCUCGUCCUUAUCGACGACUUGGUUGUCCGCCGCGCCGUGCUCUCUGGAAAACGAGGGAAGGCACAUGUCCAGAAGGUGCCCUGACGCGAGUGGAUCUCUUGCCGUUGCCGCUCAGAGAAACCACUCGCUCUGCAGAGGUGGCCGAGCUCCCCACCACCGUAAAGUUAGAGGCUGUGAGGAUGCCUUGUGAAGUAAGCAACAGCAUCAGAACCAUCCAUGAGUCGCCGAACGGCAACUCCGCAAAGAGAGAAGCGUCUGUAUCCCCACUAGAAGCGCCCACGGUAAGCUCAGCUGAGGUUCCGAUUAGGGAAAGCCUUACCAAAAACAUUUCUGGAAGGAAGCGCACCAGGAGACAAUCAAAUUUAAAAGACGUUGAGGAGAAUAAUAGUGAUGACAAUAAAAUUCAUACGACCCAAGCUGCAAAGCCCCAAGGCGUUAAGCGUCGCGGACGAAAGCCUCGUCGCGUGGAGAAUGAUGAAACAAAUAACACUGUAAAUGAAGAGGAAGUGGAGAUCAUUCAUUGGGUGUGCUGCGAUUUAUGCGACAAGUGGCGUAUUGUCCCCGAAAAAAUAUCAGAGGACACGGAGCACUGGUACUGUAAUAUGCGUGCAGAUGGAACGACGUGCAGUGACACAGAUGAUGAGAUUCGUAUGAAACGUUUGGAGAAAAGCGGAAGAAGAAGAGGAAGAAAGAAGAAAAAGAUCUGA